GAGCGCGGACUGAAUGAACCACAGGCUGCACCACAGUAAAGGUAGCCUCUGGUUACAAACUUUGGACCAAUCAGGACGCCGCUCCGCUUUCCUGCUGCAGGAGCAACAGAAGUUCAACCUGGACCGCUCCACGAAGAAACUAUCUGCUCCAAAUACAAACUAACCAUGGUUUUCCACUUCCGCUGACACAUCUGAUAGCCAGCUAACUGUCACUGAAGGGAACAUUUCCGAGCGAUGACAAUGUUAGGCAUGUAUGUGCCAGACAGAUUUUCUCUGAAAUCGUCCAAGGUCCAGGAUGGAAUCGGUCUUUACACGGCGAGGCGAGUGAAAAAGGGAGAAAAGUUUGGCCCUUUCGCUGGUGAGAAAAAGCUGCCCAGUGAGUUGGAUGAGAGCUCGGACACCAGGCUGAUGUGGGAGGUCCGUGGCAGUAAAGGAGAUGUGCUGUAUAUUCUGGAUGCAAGUAAUCCCCGUUAUGCCAACUGGCUGCGGUUUGUCCAUCAGGCGCCUUCGCAAGAGCAGAAGAACUUGGCAGCCAUUCAGGACGGUGAGAACAUCUUCUACUUGGCUGUGGAUGACAUAGAGACAGACACGGAGCUCCUGAUAGGCUUCCUGGACAGUGAUAUGGAAGAGGAGGAGGAGGAGGAAGAAGAAGACAUCAAAGAUGAGGACGAGAGCAGUAAAGAGGCCAAGCAUCUUGUAGAAAUGGAAAUAGUAAUAAAAAAGGAGGACCACCCAUGCUUGCUGUGCGAGAGCAGCUUUCCUAGUGAGGAGAUCCUGGCCGCCCACCUCCAGAGCCUGCAUCAGAGGCCCAGCACAGAGGAGAAGGAGUUCAAAUGCAGGAACUGUGGCAAGAAAUUCCCCAUCAAACAGGCUCUGCAGCGCCAUGUUUUGCAUUGUUCAGAGUCACUGGAUCCGUCGGGUGACUCUAAAGCUCACCAGUGCUCCCUCUGUCACAACACAUUCAGCUCAGAAUCCAGUUUUGAACAGCAUAAGGAAGCCUGUAAAGGAGACGCCAGGUUCAUAUGUAAAGCAGAGAGCUGCGGAAAAAGAUUCAAGAGCAAAGACGCUUUGAAGAAACAUAAAGGAAAUGUUCACACAGGGAGUGCACGCCGCAAACUCACAUGCACCAUAUGCAACAGAAAAUGCUCCUCUUCUCUGAAUUUACAGGAACACAGAAAGGUGCAUGAGAUAUUUGAAUGCCACGCGUGCGACAAAAAGUUCAUCUCGACCAAUCAGCUGAAACGCCACAUGAUCACACACUCAGAGAAGCGACCGUACACCUGCGAGAUCUGCAGUCGAUCGUUCAAGCGUCUGGACCAGGUGACGGCUCAUAAGAUCAUCCACAGCGAGGACAAGCCGUACAAAUGUAAGCUGUGUGGGAAAGAGUUUGCUCAUCGCAACGUCUAUAAGAAUCACAAGAAGACCCACUCUGAGGAAAGGCCUUUCCAGUGCGAGGAGUGCAAAGCGCUGUUCCGCACCCCCUUCUCUCUGCAGCGCCACCUUCUCAUCCACAACAGUGAGAGGACAUUCAAGUGUGAUCAGUGCGACGCCACCUUCAAGAGGAAGGACACGCUCAACGUCCACAUCCAGGUGGUGCACGACGGCCACAAGAAGUACAAGUGCGACCUGUGCGAGAAGGCCUUUGUCACUCCCUCGGUCCUCAAGAGCCACAAGAAGACGCACACAGGGGAGAAGGAGAAGAUCUGCCCGUACUGCGGACAAAAGUUUGCCAGCAAUGGCACGCUAAGGGUUCACAUCCGCAGCCAUACAGGUGAGCGUCCAUACCAGUGCCCCUACUGUGACAAAGCAUUCAGCAAGAACGACGGCCUGAAGAUGCACAUCCGCACCCACACCCGUGAGAAGCCGUACAAAUGCAGCGAGUGCAACAAGGCCUUCAGCCAGAAAAGAGGACUCGACGAGCACAUGAGGACCCACACGGGGGAGAAACCUUUCCAAUGUGACGUGUGUGACCUGUCAUUCAGCUUGAAGAAGAUGCUCAGCAGACACAAGCUGACGCACAACCCUAACCGGCCCAUGGCUGAGUGCCAGCUGUGCCACAAGAAGUUCACCAGGAACGACUACCUCAAAGUACACAUGGAGAAUGUCCACGGGGAAACGGAAACCUAGAGCCAAUUAUGCGAGCACUGGGCUGCAAAUGAGUCUGAAUCUGAUUCCUCAGAUAAAGUUCAGUCUCGUGCUACGCGGUGCCAGCACGCCUCCCACAUGCACACUGCAUGCACACAUAGAUUAACGAUACAUGCGCGCGGAAUAUGGAAAACAUUACGGCCAGUGUUUUCAGAUUUGAACGUAGACUGUACAUUUGUAAUUUCUUUUUUUUUUUUUUUUUUUGUCAUGCUGUUUCCAUAUUGUUUUGGAUAUUUGAACAAGCAGAAUCCCAGAUAUGUUUGAUCUGCCUCUGGAGCCGCCGCGUCUGCUCCAGAAGCAAAUCCAUUCUGGCCUGUCCGACUUCUGACCAAUGUUACUGUACAUACUGUCACAGCCUGACCUCCUGCACUGUGGUGGUCUGAUCCCUUACUGUACGUGCAUUCGCGGCCUGCUGCCAAACGUUGACGAGAACCUGCGACCAAAGACCUUUCGACGCACUUUUAUUUUUAGUUGUUUCUGUACACUAUAAGUUCCUGUGAUGUGCUGCACAUGUCCAAGCGUGUUUAGAUGUACGACGCUCUCUUGGAGACACGGUGUGUUACUGCAGCGUCACUGUGAACAGUGACCAUGCCAUGUAUAAAAUCUGAAAGAGCAAGUUUACAGACCCAAAUGUUAAACGCUGUCCCUCCACUUUUGCGUAGGUCCAGCUUAAGAUGAAUGGGUUCAGCCAUUCCUCGCUUUCCCACGACCUAUCUGUCGCAAGGAAAGCAGUGGUGCUCGGAGCGCGCUGUCGCUUCUGCGUCAGAAAUUUGUCGCAAAUGUGUCCCAAACCAGGGACAAAAAAAAAAAAGAAAAAUCCAAAGUACUGUUUCUGUUGUCGUUCAUAAUGAGUUGUUGAGUGCAUUUUCACUUGAAUGGCCCGGGGGCUGUGUUGCCUUACAUUAUGUGCUGUUCCUUAUUAAUCUUUCGUUCAAUACAGAAUCUCAUGUAUUUCAAUAGCGUGUUCUGUUUUCCAUCCACUUCCCUCUGCUUCCUCAUUCAUUGCCCCUUUCAUUAAUACCCAUUUUCCAUCUGUUUAUUCUGCAUCAGAGGACUGUGAAUUGUCACUUCACACUUUCGUAUUUUGAAAUGUAUAAAACCUCAUCACCUACCAAA